AUGCCUCGUCAGGACCCGGAGAAGGCGAGCUUGGCCCACUUAGGUGGCGCCUCUAAAGCGGGGACCCUCGCCGCCGGCCCUGGACGGGGGACCCUCGUAGCGAGUCCCGGGCUGGACGGCGACUCUGGUAGCUCCGGGCUGGAGGGUGACUCUGGCAGCUGCGGGCUGGAGGGCUACUCUGGCAGCUCCGGGCUGGAGGGUGACUCUGGCAGCUCCGGGCUGGAGAGCGGCACAGGACUCACCGGGAUGGGGAGACACACAGGAGACCUGGUUCUGGGAACAGGCACAGGACUCACCAGGCUGGGGAGAUAUACAGGAGGCCUCUUCCUUGGCGGAUGCACCGGAUACACUGGGCCGUGGAAGCGUACUGGCGGUCUCGAGCGCAGAGCUGGCCCCACCCAUUCUGGCUGGAUGCCAGCUUCCAACCGGCAAAUGCGGGACGCUGGCACCGAGCACACCGGCCUGUGA